AUGGCGCAGCGGCCGCGGCUGCUCCGCACCUACUCGCGCCGCGACGGCAACCUGCGCCGCCUGCCGCGGCCCGAGCCCUGGGUCUCGCCGCCGCAGGACCGCAGGCACCUCUUCAGCUCCAGCUCCGCCGCCUCCAGCGCCCUGUCCGCUUCCAGCGCCGACUCCAGCCUCUCGGGCGACCCCGAGUACUUGCCGCCCGCCCAGCCGCCGCUGCCCGGUCGGGGUAAGCGCGCCCGAUGGGCCCAGCGGCUGCGGAGCCGCCGGAAGGAGAGCCGGGGAGCGGCGGGGAAGGACAACCGGAGGCCGGAGAAGCGGGGGCGGGCACAGGAGACCCGCGGCCGGGGAAAGGAGAACCGUGAGCCGGCGGGGAAGAAGAGGAAGUGGGGUCAGAGCAAAGAGCCCCGCACAGAGGAGCGCCGGGGGUCGCCGCCGCCUUCGCUGUCCCCGCCGCGCCGCCGGCAGGGCUCGCUCUGCGUGCCGCGGCCGCCGCUGCUGUGCAGCACCCCGCAGUGGUCCCCGCCGCCCCGCCGCGCCCCGCCGCUGCUCGGCUCCGCCGCCGACAGCCCCGCGCCCCGCCGCCGCCGCCCGCCCGUGCGCCUCAGCCCGCUCCUGCUCAACACCACCAUCGAGAGCGGCUCGGGGCUCGGCCAUUCCUGCCCGCCGCGCCACGGCUCGCUUGAGGGCUGCUCCGGGAUGCGGCCGUCGCCCGGCGAGGAGGUGCUUGAGCGGUUCCGAGCGCCGGGCUCGGCUCGGAGCUCCGAGCCCCAGCCCGGGCUGCGGGGGUCUCGCCGUGUUCUGAGGUCGGCGGUGCGGGGAUCCCGCUGGGUACAAGCUGCCCCGUCCCCGCGGAAAGCCCCAAGCACUCGGGAAGCGCUGCUGCCCGUGGAGGGUGAGCCACAGCCCCCUGCGCCCCGUGACAGUGGCACUCGUGGGGAGCCCUGUGAGGGUCCGUGUCAUCUCACCAGAGAGUCAGCCAAAAGAGGCUCGAGCUGUCAGAGAGGCCUGGCCAAGUACUUCCAGCUUGUGCCAGUGGUGGUGCUGGACCCUCUAGAAGUGUCAAUGACAUUGAAAAGCCUGAAACGCGACAAUCAGGCUGAUGUUCAACCUGUCUGCCUGCAGCCGGGAUCUCCCGUGGGCCGCCAAGGAAUCUUGGAGAGCAAACACAAAAGGACCAAGGGUGUCCCCGGGGAGGGCAGUGCCUGCAGGAAAGCCUGUAUAAGUGGCUUCAGUGCCAGCCGCUGGGGCGGGCACAGCAGGCUCCGCCCAAGAAGGCCUAAGAACAAGAGGCAGCAGCGGCCCAACAGCUCCCUUUUCAGGCUCCAGUCAAGGCAAAAACGAGCUCAGAAGGGAACUUUAGAGAUGUCUGUAGGUGUCAGAGACAAUGACUCUUCACUUCUUAAUAACUCUUAUUCUUGGGCUAGAGUUCGAGCGUCUCUGUGCUUCCAUAAAAAGAAAAAAGUGACCACAGAUGAGACUUUUUGCAGCAGCAUCCUCUGCACCCCUUCAGGGAAAUCCCAGCUUUCGGGGUCCCAAAGCAUCCUGUCUGCUGGUAAAGCUCAGAGCUUCUCCCAGUACUCUUCCUCCAUGGUCCUGCUGGCUCCCAGGGAUUCCUCCUCUGUCCUGGAGCUGCUCCUUACAGAUGCUGAGAAAGUGUUUGGAGAAUGCAACCAAGAUGGGCCCAUUGCUUUUGAGGAAUGCAUUCCUUUAAAUAAAAUGAAAGACUGCAAGAAAAUUGGAGAAGGGGUGUUUGGAGAGGUGUUCCAGAUUGACAGCGAGAGAGGACCUGUGGCCUUAAAGAUAAUUCCCAUUGAGGGGACUGAAAAAAUAAAUGGUGAAGCUCAGAAGACCUUUGGAGAGAUUCUGCCAGAGGUAAUAAUUUCAAAAGAACUCAGUCUUCUGUCUGAGGGCUUUGUGAACAGAACUGUGGGGUUCAUCAGCCUGUACUCUGUGCACUGUGUCCAAGGGGCCUAUCCCAGGUAUCUCCUGGAAGCCUGGGACAAAUUCCACAAAGAAACAGGCUCAGAAAACGACCGGCCAGACUUUUUUGGGGCCCAGCAGCUCUUCAUGGUGCUGGAGUUUGAGUUUGGUGGCAGGGACCUGGAGAGCAUGAGGAACAGCUUCUCCUCGGUGGCAUCAGCCAGGAGCAUUUUGCACCAGGUCACCGCGUCCCUGGCGGUCGCAGAGCAGGAGCUGCACUUCGAGCACAGGGACCUGCACUGGGGGAACGUGCUGGUCAAAAGCACAGACGUGAAAGAGCUUCAGUAUGUGCUGGAUGGAGAAACCCACUCCAUCCCUACAGCUGGCAUCCACGUCAGCAUCAUCGACUACACGCUGUCCCGCCUGGAGAAGGACGGCCUCACCGUCUUCUGUGACCUCUCCACGGACCUGGAGCUCUUCCAAGGCGCUGGGGACCUCCAGUUUGACAUCUACAGGCUGAUGAAAGAGGAGAACUCCAACAGCUGGACUGACUACCACCCACACAGCAACGUCCUCUGGCUGCACUACCUGGCUGAUAAACUUUUGAAAGCCAUGAAGUACAAGACGAAGGCAUCAGCUGCUAACCUGAAGAAAAUCAAGAUGCAGCUCAGCAAGUUUCACAAGGAAGUGCUGACCUUUGAGUCUGCCCAUGAUGUUCUGCACCACAGCAGCCUCUUCCAGUGA